CUGUGUAAUUCAUGUUUGGUGGAGUGAGAGCGGUAGCUCAAGUUGGAAAGAGCGAAAGGAAGUAGUGAUGAGCGCACUCUCUAAUCUGCCCGUCCAUCCGAGUGAAGGGGCAAGGGAGUGAGAAUCAGGUCUGCCGCGUUGUGGAGGGCCAGAGUAGGGGGAGUCACUAAUUACAGCAAGAGGCGGAGGGGGAGAGGCAAACGAGAGCGAGGGUAAAGAGCAUGAGAGGGGAUGGAGCAAGGACAGUGAGAAGGUACAAGACCGUUCACUCUUUCUCGAUUCUGCACCUGUGAGCCCCAGCGCGUGCGGCUUGUCGAGUUGCUGGGUGAUCGCUACGCUUGACAGGAUCGCAUCGGUCCGUGACACCAGCAGAGGACCAUGGGAACUCUUUGCACCUCUCUCGCUCUUUGCCUGCUCUUGUCCACACCCGUACCAGCUCAAUGGUGGAAUUUCAUCUGGGCAAGCCCCAAGAGCAGCCCUCGCCCCUCUCCUCCAUCUGUAACUUCACCGAGCCCUUUGGACAUGCGAGGGACAACGGCGUGGGUGAGACCUGAGGACAAGACAACAGGGAGCGCUUUCACUCCUGUGAUCCACACCAAGAUGUCAUAUCUUGGCCCGGCAGGGUCUCUCCGGGGGACGCCACCUCCGGGGGUGAUGAUCACGAACUCCAGAUCCCAUUUCAAACCAUUGAAACGCUGGAAGAGCGAGCAAAGCUCCGGAAGUCACCUGGACUUGACCGAGUUAAUUGGCGUGCCCCUUCCGCCUUCUGUCUCCUUCACUCCCGGUUUUGAGGGCUUUCCGGCGUACAACUUUGGGCCCGAAGCUAACAUAGGCAGGCUCACCAAGACCUUCGUGCCAGGCUCAUUCUUCAUCGACUUUGCCAUCAUUGUCACGAUCCGCCCAGCCAGCCAGAGAGGAGGCAUGCUCUUCGCCAUCACAGAUGCCCGUCAAAAGGUGGUUGAGUUGGGCUUAGCCCUCACUCCAGUUCACGCAGGACAGCAGAGUAUCUUAUUAUACUACACCGACAGCGAGCAGCCAUCCCAUAGCCAGAAAGCCGCUGCCUUCAGUGUCCCAGACAUGACAGACCAGUGGACGCGCUUUACUGUUGUGGUGGAGCACAAUGAGGUGCGUCUCCACAUGGACUGUGGUGAAGCCGAGAGGACGACCUUCCGUCGAAGGCCAGAAAGACUCACUUUCUCACAUAACUCUGGCAUUUUCGUUGCAAAUGCAGGAAGCACCGGUUUUCAGAAUUUUGUGGGAUCCAUUCAGCAGCUACUUAUCAAAGAUGAUCCCAGGGCAGCCGAGGAACAGUGUGAGGAUGACGAUCCCGAUGCUUCUGGGUAUGCUAGUGGCGAUGAUGGUUUGGAGGACCGAGAGACAGAAGAAGAAAUCAGAAAAAAAGCAGGAGGGGCGAAACAUGGAGCAGCACAGGAAAACACAGUUCCAAUUCGAGCGCCACCCACAAAGCCUCCAACGCCGGAGCGUGCUGAGGAUUCAAGCCGGCUGACCUCACUGGAAGCCAAUGAAGAAGUCUCGCUAAGAGGACCUCAGCAGACAGACGAGCCAGGUGAAGCAUCUGAAGAGGUUAUUGUCCAGCACACUUUAAAAGGAGAGCCAGGGGAGCCUGGCCUACCUGGCCCCCCUGGGCCGACUCUUCUUCCGAGGCAAACUGAGCCAGGGUCAAGAGGUCCACAAGGACCACCAGGAAUCCCAGGAAAGCCGGGAAGAGACGGACAGCAGGGAAUGAAGGGAGACAAUGGAGAUGCAGGUCAGAGAGGACCUCAAGGAUUUCCAGGUUUGGAUGGAGAUGCUGGAGUCAAAGGAGAUAAGGGAGAGCCCGGAGUUGGUUUUCCAGGUCCACCGGGCCUACCCGGACCUCCUGGACCCCCUCGAUCACGCAGUGUGCCUUAUGGAGAAGAUGCGCUGGGUUCUGGGUUUGAGGACCUGGACAGCGAUACUGAGCUCAUUCGGGGUCCUCCAGGGCCACCUGGACCUCCGGGACCACCCGGUCCCCCUGGGACCAACCCUUCAUCAUCAGCUGACAUUGCCGAGGGCCUCUCUCAUGCUGGGCCACAUGGUGCCCCUGGUAAAAAUGGACUUGUAGGCCACCCAGGAACACCAAUGUUUAAGGAUUGGUUUAGUGGUUCUGGUUCUGGGUCUGGUGCUUCAGGUUUGAGCACAGAGUUGCACUCUGACCUUGGCUCUGGUUUCAGUUCUGAUUCUGAGUCCAGUUUUGCUUCCGGGUCUGGGCUUGACUUCGGCUCUGCUUGGGUAUCGGGCGAGGGUCGAGCAGGAAAAGAUGGGACUCCAGGCCUCCCUGGAGCUGCGGGAGAGAAGGGUGACAGAGGUUUGCCCGGAUCACCUGGGCCAAAGGGUGAAUGUGGAACCGCAGGCAACGCGGGGUCAGCGGGACCUCAAGGGCCCAGCGGUCCACCGGGAAGAAGAGGCCUACCGGGUCCACCAGGACCCCCGGGACCCCCUAGUCCUGCAGGAACCAAAUUCUUUGUUGAGGAUAUGGAGGGAUCUGGCAAGAGUGACACGUUCCUCGGAGCAAGAGUCCCAGGCCCACAGGGUGCACCUGGUCUUCCUGGUUCACAAGGUCCAAAGGGUGAGGAUGGAGCUCCAGGUCCGCCAGGACCCUCUGUCAAGGGUGAAAGAGGGGACCCAGGAAUAGAGGGUUUGCAUGGUCCCGCCGGACUACCAGGUCCGAGGGGGGUUAAAGGCGAAAAGGGUAGGCCGGGGCAAAAGGGCAAUCGUGGCGCGGAUGGCCUCGACAUCAUCGGACCACCUGGCCUUCCCGGACCUCCCGGCCCUGUCAUUAAUCUGACAGAUGUAUGCACACAUUUCUCCCUCCCAAAGGGAGAGCCGGGAGUGACCAUUGCUGCAGAUGGAUCGCUUUUAUCUGCACCAAGAAGUCCCCGUGGGCCCAAAGGCAUCAAGGGUGCCCGUGGAUCGCCUGGGCCUGCAGGACCCAUGGGCCCACAUGGACCUCCCGGGCAAAAGGGAGAAUAUGGCUUCCCCGGCCGCGCCGGAAGACCUGGUAUGGCUGGUAGGAAAGGGGAAAAAGGAGAUUCUGUUGGCAUGCCGGGACCCCCCGGUCCACCCGGUGCGCCCGGACUGCCAGGAAGAAUUAUUGGAUUGAAUGGAACAGUGUUCCCAGUGCGCCCCAGGCCGCAUUGCAAAAAGGGACUCGAUUCAAAUGACAGGGUCAAUAUCGUAAAAGCGAAAGGAGAAAAAGGAGAGGUCGGGAUACCUGGAGAGCCAGGCACACCUGCCGCUGACUUUCUCGAUGGACCUGUGGGUGCGAAGGGUGAGCGGGGAUCCAAAGGCCAGAAGGGAGAAAAGGGUGACUCGGGCCCGCCCGGCCCUCCAGGACUACCGGGGCGGUCAGGACUUGUGGGUCCUAAAGGUGAGUCAGUCAUUGGCCUUCCAGGUUCUCCUGGUUCUCCAGGCCAACGUGGAGCCCCUGGGAUUGGACGUCCAGGUCCCAGAGGGCCACCCGGCCCGGCCGGACCCCCAGGACCACUGCCUGAUUUUGGAGCAGGUGUGGGUGUCCCAGGACCUCCCGGUCCUCCUGGCCCCCCAGGAUUUUCAAACCCGGUAAGCACCCACGAGACAAUUUAUGCUCUGACCAGAGAGACCCGCCGUGCCCCAGAGGGAACCUUGGCGUACGUAUCUGAGAGCGGCGGAGAACUUUACAUCAAAUCACAGAACGGAUGGCGCAAAAUUCGGCUUGGAGAGUUGAUCCAAUCCGAACCGUCAUCCUCAUCGGCAGCUCAAGCCCAAAACAAACCUGGCGAAUGGAGUCGACCGCACAGGAGCCACAGCCAAGAGCUGCAUGAGGGCAGCAGAGGAUUUCAGCCCAGUUUUCACAUCCUGCCGCAGACCUUCAAUGCCGUCGCCGGGCUCCAUCUGGUGGCUCUCAACGCUCCGUUGAAAGGAGACAUGCGAGGGAUCCGCGGGGCCGACUUCCAGUGCUACCAGCAGGCACGGGCCGUGGGGCUGACCGGCACGUACAGGGCCUUCCUGUCCUCGCACCUCCAAGACCUGGCCACCGUUGUGAGGAAGGCAGACCGCGUCCACAUGCCUGUGGUCAAUCUCAGGGGCGAAUUGCUCUUCAAAAGCUGGAUGUCCAUCUUCUCGGGAAAUGGUGGCACGUUUGACCCUUCCGUCCCCAUUUACUCCUUCGAUGGACGCGACGUGCUGACUGACUCGACGUGGCCAGAAAAGCUGAUCUGGCACGGUUCCAGCGCUGGAGGAAUCCGCGCAACCAUAAACUACUGCGAAGCCUGGAGGACCGCCGACGCGGCGGUGACAGGUCAGGCCGCCCUGCUUCAGACUGGACGUCUGUUAGGUCAACACACCCGCUCGUGCGCCAACCACUACAUCGUACUGUGUAUCGAGAACACGUACGUCGGGAACAUACAGCAAUGGAGGACCUGAAGGCUGCACGCGAGCGGCAUUGCUCAAAAUGGGCAGGGUCGAUCAAUGAAAAUAAUCAUCAGGGCGCUGCUCUUUGACUUUGUGAUUGGGAUCAAGUUCAUGCGCAAACGCUGAAUUGUUUCAAAUCCAUUUGCGGUCACCCUUUUCCAAUUUUUUUCAGUGGCAUCCAAACCGAACUUUGACACAGCAACAUGAAAACAACAAAAAUCCAGGUCUAAACUAAACUUUCCUGUGUGCAUGGACAACAUCAGGGAAAAUAAUUGUGAUUCAAAUAGAAAUGUGUACAUUAAAGACAGUAAGUGAAUGGAACUACAUGAAAAUCACUCGCCGAGAAUAUUCACCACCAGGCAUGCCGGGUAACAGAAGACAUGCCCAAGUGAUUAACGUUGAGGAAAAAAAACUGUUGCCCCUGCUGAAUAUCCAUUUUAUUUCACGAUAUUCAAACCGUUCAGUCUCAAUCUCCACUUUGUUUUAGUAUUUGCAUCACAAUUCGUUUGAGAUUUGUAUUAAUUUAUACCGUAAAGAACAUAUAUGAUAGAAGUUUAGCGAGUUCACUUAUAAAUCUUGAUGAAAGUAAAUUGUUUGUGCAUGUGUGUGUUGAUCGUGUAUAAAUAGCAUUUUUUUA